CAGAGCAAAUAAAGAUGAGUAAUAAUAAUAACGUGAGACGGGAUGAGGACUCAGCCCUCACAUCCAAUAUAAGACAAUUGAUUAAGGAAUUGAUGGCAGAAUUUUUGGGCACCUAUAUGCUGCUGCUAAUUGGGUGCUCAGGGACGGCUGCCUACGUAUUGAACAUUAAGGGCAUACCUAACAAACCCGUGGACUACGCCGGUGUUAACUAUUGCUGGGGGUUUGGAGCCUUUGUGGGUAUAUGUGCCUCAAUGGCCAUAUCGGGAGGUCACAUAAACCCGGCCGUAUCCAUAGCAUUCGCAACGUUGAGACGUUUCCCGUGGACUAAAGUGGGUCCCUAUAUAUUGGCCCAAACGGUGGGCGCAUUUCUGGGCGCCGCCACCGCAUACCUGGUAUACUUGGAUCAGAUCAAUAUGCAGCACAACUUAGAGCCGCUCAGGAAUCACACGGAAUUACGAGCCUUUGGAGACGCCCUGAGC